AUGAGUCCGCGGGUGUCUCUGCUCCAGAGGACCCCCUCCUCCCCAGUGGUGUGCCAUGCUACAGGCUUCUACCCUGACAGGGUGGUGGUGUUCUGGAGGAGAGACGGCCAGGAGCUCCAUGAGCAGGUGGACCCCGGGGAGGUCCUCCCCAACCACGACGGGACCUUCCAGGUCAGCGUGGCCCUGGACCCCACGGCCGUCCCACAGGAGGACUGGGGGAGGUACGAGUGUGUGGUCCAGCUGAAAGGCAUCGAGGACAUCCCCACCCCCCUGGACCCCGCCCUCAUCAGGACCAACUGGGGGAAGACUGGGAGGGACGGAGGGCUCCCGGGGCCCUUCCUCAUCGCUGGCUCUGUGGCGGGGGCCCUCCUCCUGGUUGGAGCUCUGGUCCUGGCAGGAGUCUGUUGGUACAGGAAGAGGAACGGCGAGGAAUAUAUAUAGUACUUCAUCACAGUAAUAUGUUUUGUACUUUAUCACAGUGAUAGUAAUAUUAUAACAGUACCUAUUCAUCAGUCAUAGUAAUAUUAUAACAGUAUUCAUCAGUGAUAGUAAUAUCGUGAAAGCCCUAUCAUGCUGUGGGCUCAUGAUGAGGUAGUGAGCAGUGAGGUGCUGAUAGAUGGUUGGAGCUGACCUGUGCUCCCCUGGUGUUUAGAGCUGAAUGAUGAAGAGGCUUCUCGUUGGAGGAUUGAUCAUCAUUCAUAAUCCUGACCAUCAGGCGUGGGGCUCAGAUCGCCUCAGACUCAACGACAACACUCUGACUCCCUUUGAUCUGGAAAACAACAAUUAAUCCCUAAGAAAGCUUAAAUAAAUGAAAUCAUUAUCUACUCUUAUUACAGUAUAACUAAGUGAUUAUUACCAACUAAAAUCACUGUCAUAUUCCAUUAAGUUGUGCAUUUGAUAAUUUGAUGAGUCAUUGGUUGACUCGCCGAUCUGUAACUGAUUCUUUGAAACCAUGGCAACAUGAUCUCCCUCAUGAGCGGCCAUCUUAGUUAGGAUGCGGUUGCUCACCGCAUAACGUUGGUUUAACGUGUGGGUUUAUAAUGUUUAAGAUGUUUAAUAUGAUAUUAUUAGGAUUAUUAAGGGGCCGUAAUCCAGACCGUUGAUUCAGACUGUCCUUGGCCCUAAUUAAUCCUUCUUUAUUACUAUAUAUAUAUAUAUAUAUAUA